AAACUUCUUUCUUACUAAUGCAACAAAUUUUGUAGGGAAAUUAAUAGCUCUAUAUCAAGUUAUAGUACAUUUAGUGGUCCUCCCACUUUCUAAUCUUGGGCCAAACCUUGUUUUAUCUAUGUAUCUCUACUUCAAUUAUCAUGUUUGUCUUCAUUAUACUCAUCUUAAUUCUAUAACUUGCACUAUGAAAUUGAUUCUAUGUAAUCUUCUUUAAGGUGAAGUUUGGAAAACUUGCUUCAAAAAAGAGAGAACUCCCCUGAACAUAACCAAUGUCUAGUACUGCUGGCCUUGUGAUUCCCUGCAAAGCUGCGGUAGCAUGGGAGGCCGGGAAGCCGUUGGUGAUAGAGGAAGUAGAGGUUGCCCCACCACAGACCUUGGAAGUCAGAGUUAAGAUCAAGUACACUACUCUUUGCCGUACUGACUUUUACUUUUGGGAAGCUAAGGGCAGUACUGCUACACAAUUGUUUCCUCGCAUUUUCGGCCAUGAAGCAGCUGGCAUUGUAGAGAGCAUAGGUGAGGGGGUGACUGAUUUCCAAGUAGGCGAUCAUGUUCUUCCGGUUUUUACUGGAGAAUGCGGGGAGUGUCGCCACUGCAAAUCUGAAGAAAGCAACAUGUGUAAUUUGUUAAGGAUGAACCCUUAUAGAGGAGUGAUGCUAAACGAUGGGAAAUCCCGGUUUUCUCUCAAUGGAAAUCCUGUUAACCAUUUCAUUGGAACUUCUACUUUCAGUGAAUAUACAGUAGUUCAUUCUGGUUGUCUUGUUAAGAUUAACCCAAAGGCACCCUUAGAUAAAGCCUGCAUUCUCAGCUGUGGUGUCUCAACAGGUUUGGGCGCGACUUUAAAUGUGGCAAAACCGAAAAAAGGCUCUACUGUUGCUGUGUUCGGACUUGGAGCUGUUGGACUUGCUGCUGCUGAAGGUGCCAGAAUUGCUGGUGCAUCAAGAAUAAUAGGAAUCGGUCGGAAUCCUAGCAAAUUUGAGGAAGCCAAGAAAUUUGGUGUCACAGACUUUGUGAAUCCAAAAGAUCAUGACAGACCAGUUCAAGAGGUUAUCAAGGAGAUGACUGACGGAGGAGUCGACAGGAGUAUAGAGUGCACUGGAAAUGUGGAUGUUAUGAUAUCUGCAUUUGAGUGUGUUCAUGAUGGAUGGGGAGUGGCUGUACUUUGUGGAGUUCCUAGCAAGGAUGCUGUUUUUAUGACUAAACCCAUUAAUUUGCUUAAUGAGAGAACUCUCAAAGGAACUUUUUUUGGCAACUACAAGCCCAAGUCGGAUCUCCCAUCUGUUGUUGAUAUGUACAUGAAUCAGGAGCUGGACUUGGAUAAAUUCAUAACUCAUAGAGUAUCCUUCUCAGAAAUCAACAAGGCUUUCGAGUUAAUGCAAAAAGGGGAAGGCUUGCGCUGUAUCAUAAGCAUGGAAGAUUAAACAGAAGAUAUUAUCUGAUCUUAUAAGGGUAUAAUUCAAAUUUUCUAGCAGAAUUCAGAAAAUUGCAUUCACUUAUUUUUGUAAUAAUGUCAAACCAAGUGUUCAAUUAUGCUAUUCAAACUUGCCAGUUGAUUGAAUUUGUACAUGGCAUUGAGACAUGAUAUAUAUGCCUCUGUUUACCAUAAAACAAUGCAAAUUUACUAGGAA